CCAUGGGUUCUCUUCCUCACGCAGUAGAGGACUGCCUAGGUUUCCUCCAACUUUACAGUGACGGUUCCAUUUUCCGAUCCGAUGACAUGGAUUUCAAUGUUUCACUCGUAGAAGACAACUCUGUACUCUUCAAAGAUUGUCUCUUCCACAAAAGAUUCAAUCUCUAUCUUCGUCUCUUCAAACCCAGAUCCUCCUCCCGGAAGCUUCCUCUCAUAAUUUUCAUCCACGGCGGAGGAUUCUGUUUCGGCUCGCGCGCCUGGCCCCACCUGCACAAUUGUUGCGUUCGCAUGGCUUCGGCGCUCCAGGCCGUCGUUGUGGCGCCUGACUACCGCCUCGCACCGGAACACCGGCUCCCGGCAGCAGUGGACGAUGCGGUGGAGGCCGUGAGGUGGGUACAGAGGCAGGGUUUGAGUAAGGACGUGGUGGAUGGCGCUGGAGAUGCAUGGUUGAAUGGCGACGUUGACUUUAACCGAGUGUUUAUAAUGGGUGACUCAUCUGGCGGGAACAUCGCACACCAUUUGGGGGUUCGGCUGGGAUCCGGAUCCCGUGAAAUGGAUCCAGUUAGGGUACGAGGUUACGUGCUGUUGGCGCCCUUUUUUGGUGGGGAAGUCAGAACCAAGUCCGAGGAGAGUGCCCGGGAAAAAAUGUUGACCUUGGACUUACUCGACAGAUUUUGGAGACUGUCAGUUCCAGUCGGAGAGAAUAGAGACUACCCAAUGGCAAACCCAUUCGGACCUGCAAGUCCUAACCUCGAACAAGUGAUGCUUGAUCCUAUAAUGGUGAUAGUUGGAAGCAAUGAAUUGCUGAAAGAUAGAGCACAGGACUAUGCAAGAAGAUUGAAGGAGCUAGGGAAAAAGAUCGAUUACAUUGAGUUUGAAGGAAGAGAACAUGGGUUUUUCACGCAAGAUCCAUACUCACAAGUUGCAGGAGAGGUCAUGCAAAUCCUGAAACGAUUCUUGCUUGAAAAUUCUGGUUAGAAUAAUCUGAUUAAUUUUCAUCUGCUUGGUCCAUAGUUUGUGGUAGGAAAUUAAUGAGGGAAAUUGCAUGCCUUUAGUUAUUGGUAAAUUUAUUGUGGGCUUAACUGUAGAGAUAUGUGUUGGCUUCAAGUG